AUGAUUGAUGGGCUGCAGGUGUCUGAUUGGCUGGAGGAGAGUGAAUGGGGCUGUGAGGGUGAUGGGCUGUACGUGAACACCACAUCUCCAGUUCUUGAACCCUCAUGUGAUGCAGAAUCUAAAAUGGCCCUGACAUCCCCUCAAGACGACUUCUCAUUUGACCCUUGCAACUACUAUGAUAUUGUUGAUGAUUACUGGAGGAACACAAUUGAAAUAUACAAUUUUUACAUUGGUCAUGACGACACCAUUGUUGAGUGGGAUGGCUGGUAUCGACUGUUUCUCCAGGGCAAUAGUGCUUGUCAAGCCAGAUGUAUCGAUUCCAAUGCCUACAUACUGUGCAGAUACACCAACUGGAAUGGCUGGUACCCGCUCUUUUACCAGGGAAAUAAUGUUGAGAUGCCAGAUUCAUGCAAAAUGUCCUAUGUUACUGAGGGCAUGUGUGGCACAUUUAUCCCUCUCUGGCUCAAUGGUGCUCAUCCACAGCUGGUAGAUGGUGUGGUCACACGGCAAGUGUGUGGGAGCUGGAACAGUGACUGCUGUUAUCACAACUCCUCCCCCAUACAAGUGAAAGCUUGUACAGGAGGUUAUUAUGUAUAUAAGUUUAUGAUGGUACUAGUACACCAUCUACCACCACAGCCCACCACCGUCAUCACCACUGCCUUUAAUGCAACAGUGGAGCCCUGUGAGGAGCUGAACUGCACUGGGGACGAGUGUUGUGGGAAGACAGAUGAUGUCUAUGGAUGCUUUUGUAAUCACGAUGAAUCUAGACUACUCCCAGAGUCUUAUGAUAUUAUUGAAGUGUGUGAGGGGAGCUCUGGCACCAUAUCUCUGUCCAUCUGUCAGCUCUUUGAAGCUGGUUUCCCUGGUAACAGCCUGCACCUGAAUGACCACAGCUGCAGCGGAACAGUUCAGAAUGGCAGAGUGAUGUUCCAAUUUGAUAAUGAUGACCACAUCUGUGGCACAAACCUCAUGGUGCAAUAA